UAACCACAGCACAGUGUGUGGAAACUGGGUAAGCAGGGCAGAGGAGAGCUCCAGAAAGGCGGAUUGAUGACAGCUGUCAGUGGAGACAAAAACACUACCUAUCUCUGAAGAGAAGCCGAAUGGCCCCCUCCUAAACCCCCGUGAAGAAAGGAACAACGCCUUGGCUGUGUCGGUUUCGUGAAGGCUGUCGCAGAGGUAUUUACGUACAAGCUUGUGUAUUUUCUGGACUCAUACAUACUGGUGGAGCAAUAGUUGCAUAGGCACCAUGGGGACACAAGGCUCUGGUCGAAAGCGUGCCCCUUUGAAAGAUCGGUUUUCAGCAGAGGAUGAGGCUUUGAGUAGCAUUGCCCGGGAGGCGGAGGCAAGGCUGGCAGCGAAGAGGGCAGCUCGGGCGGAGGCCAGGGAUAUUCGAAUGAGGGAACUUGAACGACAGCAGAAAGAGCUUUCUUACCACUCAUCUGGCAGUAGCAGCAGAAAAUGGGGUCAGAUCCACCAGUGGAUGGCUGACGCAGAAAAAGCCAAAACCUCUAGUAGUAGUAGUAGGUCCAGCAGUCGCCAUCGACGGGGGCUGGAUGAUGAUGUCAUGUCAGUCCGCAGCUACAGGUCAACUUCAUCAGCAGUACGUGACUUGGGUUCUAGUAAAAGUCGACCCAGUUCCCGCAGAAAAGAUGCCUUGUCUGAUGGCCUCUCCAUUAGUUCCUCCACCCUCAAGAGCUCCCGCUCCACUAGCUCUGUGUACAAUGACCUUCAUGGCCAUAAAAAGAGUUCCUCCAGCUCCUCAAAGAGGGACCUGCUGACUGGUCUAUACCAUGAUCAAAGGAACUACACCAGCUUAACAAAGACCAAACCACCAUCUCCACUCUCCACUUCCACCUAUCAGCCUCGGGCCACCACUUCCUUGUCCUCCACCACUGGUACGGGGCUGCCUCGCAGCUACAGCGUGGCCUCUAUUCAUGACGACACUGGUCUUUACGGCUCAGGCUACAGUUCAAGAGCUCCCUCUGAAUACAGCUGGUACUCCUCUGGUGCCAGCUCCACUCGCACCAGCCCUGCGUCCUCAGAUGAAGACACAGUCAGCAGCGUGUCUCAGGAGCGCUACAACAGAGGCCGUAGGGACAGUGUGUCGUCAGACUUCUCAGACAUAAGUGAGUCCGCUGCUGACUAUUUCAGCCGCACCAGCCGACGGGGCAGUAUUGUGUCUGACAUUGAUGAUUUGAGCAUUCCUGAUCUGGACGCUCUGGAUGAAAAAUGUGACAAGCAGUAUUCAGAUUAUAGUCGGCCAUCCUCCCGAUGUGCCACCCCGGGCCUCUCGGCAGCCACACUGGCAUCGCUGGGUGGUUCCUCCUCACGGCGUGGCAGUACAGACAUGGGUAACGUCUACGACCCCGACACCAGUCUGAGUGAACUGAGGGAUAUCUAUGAACUAAAGGACCAGAUUCAGGAUGUAGAAGGGCGGUACAUGCAAGGGCUUAAAGAGCUGAAGGAGUCACUUGUAGAGGUGGAGGAGAAGUAUAAGAAAGCCAUGGUAUCGAAUGCACAGCUCGAUAACGACAAAGGCAACCUCAUCUAUCAAGUGGACACACUAAAAGACGUUAUCGAGGAGAUGGAGGAACAAAUGGCAGAGAUGAAGAGGGAGCUGGAAGAUAAGUCAAAGGAACUUGAAAGGCAAAAGCACACGUGUACCGUCCUGCAGCAUAAACAGGAAGAGAUGAAAGAGGGAAUCCGCCAAAGAGAUGAGCUUAUAGAGGAGAGCCAGAAAAUGCAGACUAAGUUAGAUGCCCUCACCAGAGAGGUGUUUGACCUGCAGGAAACUAUAAACUGGAAGGACAAAAAGAUUGGGGCCCUAGAGAGGCAGAAAGAAUACUUUGAUUGCAUUAGGAAUGAGAGAGAUGAGCUCAGAGAUGAGCUUGCUGACAUCAAGCAGAAGGCCAAAGCAGGAGAGAAACAUGGGCUGGUCAUCAUCCCAGACGGUACACCAAACGGAGAUGUCAACCAUGAGCCUGUGUCCUCAGGGAUUACUGUUGUCUCCCAGGAGGCCGCCCAGGUGCUGGAGUCUGCAGGAGACGGUCCUCUGGAUGUCAGGCUACGGAAGUUGGCAGAGGAGAAGGAUGAACUGUUGACUCAGAUCAGAAAGUUGAAGAAUCAGCUGGAAGAGGAGAGACAGAAACACCCAAAGGUGGACACUACGUUCACAGAUGGGGAGAGGAUGGAGAACGGUACAGACCUACAUUUUAUUGAGAUGCAAAGGGAUGCCAACAGACAGAUUAGUGAAUACAAAUUCAAGCUUUCUAAGGCAGAACAGGAAAUGGGUACAAUGGAGCAAAAUAUUAAUAGACUUGAAGGGCAAGUGUCCAGGUACAAGGCAUCGGCAGAUAAUUCAGAGAAAGUAGAGGAUGAACUAAAAGCAGAAAAAAGGAAACUUCAAAGAGAGCUGCGCACGGCUCUGGAUAAGAUGGAGGAGAUGGAGAUGACCAACAAUCACCUAGUAAAGCGCCUUGAGAAGAUGAAGGCCAACAGGAACGCUCUUCUUUCACAGCAGUGAGGCAAGGCAGCAUCACCACAGAAGCCCUUAAACUCGCACCUCUGACCUCUGACUGCCAUUUUGCAUCUGGAGCACAUUUCCACAUUCAGCUGUAACACUUUAAGAUUUGUAGCUAAACACUUAAAAAAAAUACUUGUAGCACAGGCAAAAAGCUGAAUAAUGUCUGUCUUUCUAAAAACCAGAAGUCUUGGGUUUUAUCGGGUUUUAUCUGGUAAGUUGCCAGGUGUUUCGGGAGGAAUGACUCAAAAGUAAUAAAACUAUAUAAAGUUGCUGGGAGAUGGAGCUGAUGAAAUUUUCUCUGGUCACUACAUAAUUGUUCAGAACUUUGUACAUCAUGUUAUCUGUGAGAUUUUAUUACCCUCUAACUGGGUGCUUGGCUGUACUAUUUUUGUUUCUUAUUCGUUUUUUUGUUUGUUUUUUUGAUAAGUUGCAUGAAUGAGUAUAAUGAUGCUUUUAAACAGAUCAACCCUCACAGCUGCUCCGGCCCUGCACCUUCUCUGCUUCCCCUCCACAGUGAAGUGCCUUUUCACACCAGAGACAGAAGGUCUGCACCGCUCAAUGAAACAAUAAUAGUUUAAAAAGGUACAGAAUGAUGUAUUUAAAAACGAGGUGCAGUCAGUAUUUGAAAAUAUGUAGAACCAACUUUGUUGCGGUUUCAUUGAAAUUUUUUCAAAUAUUUAAAAGAUAUCUUGGAAAUAAAUGUGUAAUUUACAGAA